GCCGAUGUCUGGAAUUGGAUCCGCAUCCACGCUUGCUGACAGUCCCGGGGGGCGUCUGCGGACCCACGCCGGGUUUUGUAGCUGGGUCUGGUGCCAGGGGGUUUGGUCCCGGUUCCACGAGGGAUUUUACAGAUGAGUUUGGUCGCGGGGGAGUUUGGUCCCAGGGGGAUUUGGUCCGCGUUCCAUGCCGCGUUUUGCACCUCCGCUUGUACCCGGUCGGAGCCUUGGGGUUCUGUUCCUGCUCCCAGACGCACACGGGGUUUUGCCGCCCGAUUUGCCCCCCUGGAAGGUUCACUCCUGCUCCUGCUCCCGCUCCAGCUGCCGCUCCCAGCUCCACGUAGAGUUUUGCAGACCGUCAGCGCUCAGGUCCCGCCCAGGUGGGGGGGGGUCACCUCUGGUCUGGGUCCCACGUGAGGUUUUACAGCCCGACCCGCAGCCAAGUUUGGCACCCAGAGGUAUUUAGUCCCGGUCCAGGAGCCAGGCAGGGAUUUGUACCCUGUUUUGUGCCUGGGCCUGGCUCCAGGGGGGUUGGACCUGGUCCUGGUUCUGGUCCUGGUCUCAGUCUCACCGGGGCGUUGCAGCCCAGCUUGCGCAUGGGUCCCACCCCAAGGGGGAUGUGCACCUGUCCCACUGCCAUGGGGCAUUUUGCACCCUGACCCCUGCCACAGCAGUGUUGGACCCACGAACUGGCCCGGACCCCAGCAGGGUUUGCCCCUGACCUGUAGCUGUUCCUGAGCUGGGGUGGCACCCGCACUUGGCUGGAUGGGGCUGUGUGGUCCCCGCAGGAUGCCCUGGCCACACACCAGGGUGAGGAGCUGCGGGGCCAGGGGUGCAUCCCUAACACCCUCCAGCUGCUCCCCAGAUGCUGACAAGCGGAUUAAGGUGGCCAACCCAGUGGUGGAGAUGGAUGGGGACGAGAUGACGAGGAUCAUCUGGGCCUUCAUCAAGGAGAAGCUCAUCCUGCCCAACGUGGAUGUCCAGCUGAAGUACUUCGACCUGGGACUGCCACACCGGGACAAGACAGAUGACCAAGUCACCAUUGAUUCGGCACUGGCCACCCAGAAGUACAGUGUGGCUGUCAAGUGUGCCACCAUUACGCCCGAUGAAGCCAGGGUGGAAGAGUUCAAGCUGAAGAAGAUGUGGAAGAGCCCCAAUGGCACCAUUCGAAACAUCCUGGGGGGGACAGUGUUCCGAGAGCCCAUCAUCUGCAAGAACAUCCCCCGCCUGGUGCCCGGCUGGACCAAGCCCAUCACCAUCGGCCGCCAUGCCCACGGCGACCAGUACAAAGCCACUGACUUCGUGGUGAGCAAGUCUGGGACGUUCAAGAUGGUCUUCACGCCGAAGGAUGGCAGUGGGGCCAAGGAGUGGGAGGUGUUCAACUUCCCCGGUGGCGGCGUGGGCAUGGGCAUGUACAACACAGACGAGUCCAUCUCGGGCUUCGCGCACAGCUGCUUCCAGUACGCCAUCCAGAAGAAGUGGCCACUCUACCUGAGCACCAAGAACACCAUCCUCAAGGCCUAUGACGGGCGCUUCAAGGACGUCUUCCAGGAGAUCUUUGAUAAGCACUACAAGACUGAGUUUGACAAGCUGAAGAUCUGGUACGAGCACCGGCUCAUUGACGACAUGGUCGCCCAGAUGCUGAAAUCCUCUGGCGGCUUCGUCUGGGCCUGCAAGAACUACGACGGGGAUGUGCAGUCAGACAUCCUGGCACAAGGGUUCGGCUCCCUGGGGUUGAUGACCUCUGUCCUGGUGUGUCCGGAUGGGAAGACCAUCGAGGCUGAGGCCGCCCACGGCACUGUCACCCGCCACUACCGGGAGCACCAGAAGGGACGACCCACCAGCACCAACCCCAUUGCCAGCAUCUUCGCCUGGACGCGUGGCCUGGAGCACCGGGGCAAGCUGGACAGUAACCCCGACCUCAUCAAGUUUGCACAGACGCUGGAGAAGGUCUGUGUGGACACCGUGGAGGGCGGAACGAUGACGAAGGAUCUCGCCGGCUGCAUCCACGGCCUCGCCAAUGUGAAGCUGAAUGAGCACUUUGUGAACACCACAGACUUCCUCGACGCCAUCAAGAACAACUUGGACAAGGCCCUGGGCAAGAAGUAGGGGGCAGGGGGCCCCUGCUGUUCCCAGGAUGGAUAGGGCAGGGAGGGGCCCAGUGCCACCCCCAGCUCCCUGACACUCCUCAGGAACAGAUGAAUCAUUUUUAUAAGCAGUUUUCUUAUGAGUGUUUUUAAAGCCAUUGUAGCAGGAGUUGUAGGGCUGGGGGGGGUCUGUCCUGAACUGAUUCAUGUAUUCCAUAACUCUGUGGUGCCAUUAAACACCUCCCCAGCCAUGGCA